AAAAAAUUAUGGUACAUAGUGAAAUUAGCACAGAAGCCUAAAGCUGUCGUUGUCCCAGGAUUUUGGCUAAACUUUGAUCGAAAAGAGUGUGCUUGGCCUCAAACUAAUACAGAAUAUGUGAUUCAGAAUGACAUUGUAAAUAGGGUGAAGUAACCGACAUACUAGGAUAUGCAGCCGUUAUGAAGCAACAACGAGCGUGGGAAAAAGAAAAUAGAGGAAUUAAACGCACAGCUGGUCAAACAAACCUGAACGACGAUGGUAAAAGGAAAAAUUUUUAAAAAACAGCACCAACAAUUGUCACUGAAGAACGUGUAAAUCUCGAUGUAGACCCAUCAAACGCGCAGAACUUUUUGAAACCACGCCCCUGUCAGCGACUGGCGCUAACAGAAAUAAAAAAUCUGAAGGAAGAAGAUAAAAUAGUAUAUGUAGCUGAAAUGUUACACGAAGUUUUGCGCAACCAAGCCGAAGAAAAGCUUCAAAAUGAAAGGCGACAGGUAAUGAUACCUACUUCCAGUAACGGUUCGAUUUGCUCUUCUGAAUCGUCUGCGAUUCGACCUCGUUUCCCGAUUGACUCUUUAAAAGAUUUCAUUAAGUUCAACGAUGAUCUUCGUGAUGGAAAUUACGUCAUGCAAGUGCGAAACUAUUUGAGAACUAAAGGAGGAAGAAGGCUCACGAAACACGAUAUCACAAGAGAGAAAUUAGCUAGUAUUUUAACCGACAAAGUUGCUAUUCAUUACAACUUCUGUGGAACAAAUAGACAGUUGAAAAAGAAACCGUUUAGUACAUUGCGCAUAUGGGAUUUGAUUCAUAAUGAAGUUGUUGAUUUCUCCUACCAAACCAAAGAGGCCGAUGAUACGUGUAAAACGUGGUUAAAGCAGGCAAAAAAAAGGAUGGAAACAACAGCAAAGAAAUUAAAAACCCGUAACGACAAAGACAAGGAACAUGAAGGCGAACAACCCAAAAAAAGAAACCAACAAGAAGCUCAAGAAAACCAAAAAGCUUAUAGCGAAAAAGAAGACGAAUUUCAUUUAUAAUUGUAUUACGAUUUGUAUUGCGUUUUUCUCUAAAUUUAUACGUAUGUACAACUGUACAUCUAUUUUUUUAGGUAUUUUAGCCAUGUUUAAUGGAUAUGAAACUAUAAUCGAGUAUAGUUUAUUUUUGUUCUGUUCUUAAUUCUUCAUUAUCGUUUUAAGGUAAACUAACGAGCGUACACAUAUAAGUGUAAUUUAGAAUGUAACAUCGACGAUUCUUGUAUUAACAAGUAUUUUUUGUAAUGAAUGUCGCAGGCGGUAUUGGUAAUAAAUACAUUGCACAUAAAAUUUA